AUGAACGUAUUCCGGGAACAUUCCGCUUCGGUGGGAGGCGCCUAUGGAUGCACCCUCACCCCGAAAGACGUCGCUCAGGAAAUCCUGUUCACGAAGGGGUGCCUCUCAGCUGGUCUGGUGACCUUUGAACGCCCUGAACAACCCCGCAUGAAGGACGCUUAUCACUACGCCGGCGUGAUGCUGCCGUCAGCGAAUCGUCUUGCGAACCACAUCACGGUCAUUUUGAAAGAAGAGAUGAAGAUAAUACUGGGAGAACUUGGCGACGGCAACUACACGGUGUGCUUCGACGGAACCCUGUAUCGCUGCGAGUGCUUCGGCAUCGGUAUUCGGUUCAUCGACCAGACGGGACAGAUAUGUCAACCCCUCCUUUGGCUGAGCAUGCUGGCCAACAGCAUGGACUACCAGGACAUCUACGGCGAAAUCCACAAGGUCGUGUUCAUGGAGUACAAGCUGAAGCCCGAGCGCUGCCGUGGCUUCAUGUUGGACGGAUGCUCCCCCAACUUGAAAGCCCUCCUGGCACUGGUGACACACUGCCGGUUCGCUGUGGGCGUACGCUGCAUGUCCCACGUUAUCAACAAGGCCGGCAACCAGAUUGAAAGCGGCCAGAUCGACAAGUUCGCCGGCGCCCUCCACACGGUCCUCUCACACAGCCACAACGCUCACGACCAGUGGCGGAAGGCGACGAACACGACGCCCCCAAAAGCCCCCAACCACCGUUGGGGUUCGACCUACGAGAGGAACAACCAGUUGGUGACGGGCUGGCAGCCGGCCAAGAACUUCAUCGACGCCUUCAGCAGCAGCGACGAGACCAAGUCACGAAAGGCCGACUUCUGCUGGGGUGAGCUUGCCAGGCUCGGGAAGGACGGGUACCACCAAGAGUUCUGA